ACUUGCCUGCAAACUGUUGGUCCCACCUGCAUCCAGUUAACAUGUUCAACAAUUACAAUGUUAAGUUGUACCACAGCAAAGCUCUCACCUCCCCCUAUCCAGGAUCACCUGUUGAGCGUAGUCAAGUUCCUGAAGAUAAAGUGGGCUGGCUAAUUGAGUGGAAAGAUUAUAAUCCUGUGGAAUACACUGCAAUGUCUGUUUUGGCUGGACCCAGUUGGGCGGAUCCCCAAAUCAAUGAUAAAGGUUUUUCUCCCAAAUUCAAUGAGAGAGAUGGAGAAGUGGAGAGGAGGAGUCUGAAUGGCUUGUAUGUGGUUGAAAAUGGGAGGCCCCGAAAUCCGGUGGGAAGGACUGGCCUCACAGGCAGAGGACUGUUAGGGCGCUGGGGACCAAACCAUGCUGCUGAUCCUGUUGUAACUAGGUGGAAGAGGGACAGAAGUGGCAAUAAAAUUGCUCAUCCAGUUACUGGCAAAAACAUCUUACAGUUUGUAGCUAUCAAGAGGAGAGACUGUGGGGAGUGGGCCAUUCCAGGGGGGAUGGUGGAUCCAGGGGAGAAGAUUAGCACUACCCUGAAGCGAGAAUUUGAGGAGGAGGCCUUGAACUCCUUGCAGAAAUCGCCUGAGGAGAAAGCAGAAUUGGAGAAACAGCUUCACAAGCUGUUCAGCCAGGAGCACUUUGUGGUGUACAGAGGAUAUGUGGAUGACCCUCGUAACACAGAUAAUGCCUGGAUGGAGACAGAGGCUGUGAACUAUCAUGAUGAAACUGGUGAGACAAUGGAUAAUUUGCCUCUGGAAGCAGGUGAUGAUGCUGGAGUAGUGAAGUGGGUUGACAUCAGUGAGAAGAUCAAGCUGUAUGCAAGUCAUAGCUACUUCAUUAAGCUUGUGACUGAGAAGCGGGGAGCCCACUGGAGUGAGGAUCCUGGUCCUGAGUGCUGAGAGUGAUGUAAAUGAAGCACCAGGGGGCGAAUAUGUUUUCCAGCUUUGAAACAGAUGACAUUGUCCUUUUCAGUGGAAAUUCAGCGAAAAAUCCAUGAAAUUCAGCUGGCAAAAACACUUAGCAGUGAUAAAUAGAGGCUUUUUCAGACACUUCACAUUGCUGCUUUUGAUUUCUCAGCUACUGUGAAGUGAGAUGAAUGUGGAGCUAUUACUUUGUUUUGGUUUC